AUGGCUCAAGACUCUGAGUUUGUCAAUUGGAAAGCUGACAGCUGGGGUUUGAGACACAAGCGCCACAUGAUGAAAUGGAAGCAAAUCAACGUCUUUGUUUACUACGCUGAAGCUAGCUCUUUCCUAAAAGCAAUAUUUGUGAUACAAAAAGUAAUCGCGGUCUUGACAAGGCCUAUUACAAAUACAAAGAGGAAACCUGGUGAUUUUGAAGCCCUUUAUGAUUCCGUGGGAGAGUUUGUAGCCAAAGUCUUUAGUUGUUCCUACUUGAAGCAUGUCUUGACUGUGAAAGGCAGGAGAAGAUGCACAGAGAAAGAGACAUGGGAGACCUUGCCACAGGAAGACCGCCAAAGGGCUUUAUCUUUAGACAGCUCUCGCAUUUACAACAUCGUCUGGGCCACAGCACGGGCCUUCAAUGCUGCACAUUUAUCUCUCUCCAAGAGGUGUGGAAAAAGUUGUCUCCCUGGAUUUGUUAAGGUAGUUCAAGAGGGGAAGCCAGUUUGCUGCUAUGAUUGUGUUCCAUGUGCAGAAGGGACCAUCUCAGUUCACGAAGAUGCUGAACAGUGCAACAAGUGUCCAGAAGAUCAAUAUCCAAAUAAGGACAGUGAUAAAUGCAUUCGCAAACUUAAAACCUUCCUUUCUUAUGUGGGACAUUUGGGCAUCAUCCUAGCUGCCUUUGCGCUAUUCCUUUCCUUAAUCACUGGGUUUGUGUUGGGAAUCUUCAUCAAAUUUGUAGAAACUCCAAUAGUCAAAGCCAACAACCAGGAUCUCUCCUACAUUCUCCUUGGCUCCCUCCUGCUUUCCUUCCUGUCUACCUUCCUCUUCAUUGGCCAGCCAAGGAAAGCCACCUGCCUUCUUCGACAAGCAGCCUUCAGCAUCAUUUUCUCAGUGGCUGUCUCUUCUCUCUUGGCCAAAACCAUCAUGGUGGUGCUGUCCUUCCUAGCCACCAAACCAGGCAAUAGCAUGAGGAGAUGGCUGGGGAAGUCUUUGGGCAAUUCCAUUGUCCUUUCAUGUUCUGUUGUCCAAAUUAUGAUCUGCGUUAUCUGGUUGGGCACUACUCCCCCCUUCCCUGACUUGGAUAUGCAUUCCCAAGCUGGAGAGAUUGUAGUGCAAUGCAAUGAAGGUUCAGUCACCAUGUUUUACUCUGCCCUUGGCUACAUGGGCUUCCUUGCUAUUGUCUGCUUCACGGUUGCUUUCCUAGCCCGGAGACUACCUGCAGCCUUCAAUGAAGCUAAGCUGAUCACCUUCAGCAUGCUGGUUUUCUGUAGUGUUUGGGUCUCCUUUGUGCCCACCUAUCUGAGCACCAAGGGCAAGUACAUGGUGGCUGUGCAGGUCUUCUCCAUUUUGACAUCUAGUGCUGGCUUGUUGGGCUGCAUCUUUUCCCCCAAGUGCUACAUAAUUUUGCUGAGGCCAGAGCUGAAUACAAAGGAGCAGCUAACCAUGAAAAUAAAAUAA